AUGGACACGAUUGGUUUCUUGCGGGUCUCCUUAACUUUUGGAUCAAAGGUUGUCACAAAAGAUAAAGUGGUUACUUAUGGUAUAUUGCAAGCCAAUGAUGCCAAGCUAACAGUGAACUCCAAUGGGCAUGUGUUUCAUAUAUUUGUUAAUGGAGUACAAACAGACCAAGAUCAAUUACGUUCUGUUACGGAAGCAAUUCUUAUAUCGCUAUUAGUGCAGUGUAGUUGCCAUGGACCAAGGGCAGACUUUUUUCUAUUUGUUUUAUGGAGCUUAUGUGGUAUUGGAUGCAUCAACUGGGACUCGCUUCUGCCCUCCCUUCUUUCUUCGGUUUCUUCUGCAGAAUUGCCUGUUGGUCAACUGAGUCAAGCAGUGCCAACCGAUUCCUCAUCGAGCUUAUCACAGACAGGAAUGCUGCCCCCUCCAAGCACGAUUGCUAAUUCUUCUAAUUUUCAGUCUUCAAAUCCUGCUUCUCCUUUAACCUCUGUUCAUACUAUUGGCUCCCCUGCACAGUCAACGAUUGAACCAUUAUCAUGUUCAGCUAUGUCUCCUGGUAUAGUUGUGUUCGCAUCAGCUAUGGCAACUCUCGGAUUGCAAAUAUUGUUUGAAUCGGCAAGAGAAAUAAUCACAAAGGCUCAACCUGAGAGGGAUCCAGUGAAAGAAAAGUGGAUGAUAGGGAUAAUGGUGGCAGCCACCUUGGUAAAAGUAGCACUAAUGACUUAUUGUCGCAGGUUCAAGAAUGAAAUAGUGAGGGCCUAUGCUCAGGACCAUUUCUUUGAUGUCAUUACAAACUCCAUUGGUCUAGCCACUGCAGUUCUGGCCAUCAAAUUCUACUGGUGGCUUGACCCUGUUGGAGCCAUCCUGAUAGCUUUAUAUACAAUCAGUAACUGGGCAAAAACAGUGAUGGAGAAUGUGUGGUCAUUGAUUGGCAAAACAGCUCCACCAGAAUUCCUUGCAAAGCUAACAUAUCUUUGUUGGAACCAUAACAAGGAGAUCAAGCACAUAGACACUGUGAGGGCCUACACGUUUGGAUCCAAUUACUUUGUGGAGGUAGACAUUGUGGUGUCAGAAGAAAUGUCACUUGCUCAAGCGCACGACAUUGGAGAGACACUUCAAGAUAAGCUUGAAAAACUCCCCGAAAUUGAGAGAGCCUUCGUCCACACUGACUUCAACAUAACUCAUAAACUCGAGCACAAGCCCAAGGUGGUGUAG